ACCAUUCAGAGUCGACCAUGGCGACGGACGGUGGUGGCCGCGGGGAGCGAAUUGCCAUUUCCAACCAACAUAAAUCCAGCCUCGCUUCCCCUGAGAAAGUCCGUGAACUUCUUAAUGAGGGGGUAUCUGCAGUAGACUGCAACAGCAAACAAGGAGAUUUAAAUGUUCCGGAAGUAAAAGGCAACAACCAGGCACCCUGUGAAGCUACGAACAAUGAAGCUUUUUUCUCCAGAGUGGAAUCAUAUUCGUGUAUGAAAUGGGCAGCCAAGCCACGCAUCCUGUCUCCUCUGAUGUGCGCCAGGUAUGGUUGGAUCAACGUUGGCUGUGAUAUGCUUAAGUGCUCCAGCUGCCAGGCUUUCCUUUGUGCAUCCCUACAACCAACGUUAGACAUUGAGAAAUAUAAAACUCGAGUUGCAGAAAUAUCAAGGCAGCUUCAAACGCAGCAUGAAAAGUAUUGUCCUUGGCCCGACUUUCCAUGUCCAGAGCGGUUCUGGUUGGUUCCAGCUUCUGAACCAUCCAAGCUUCUUACUUCCCUUAUGGAACGCUUCCAGAGCACCUGUGUCCUGGCACAGCAGCUGCCGGCGAUGAGGCCAGAGCUGCUCAAGUCCAUGUUUCUGACAGAGGAUGUGAUCAGCACUGUGCUGCAGUUGAUUGAGGAAGAACAGAAACGAAAGGGAGAGACUCCCUGCUCAGAGUCUUUGGCCGUGCAGGUGUCUGCAUGCAUCGUUUCUCUCUGUGGCUGGGGAGCAAACCCAGCUCUGCAUGCAAUGAGCCUGCCGACCCUCUCCUGCUCCUACUGUAUGCGAAAGGUGGGCUUGUGGAACUUUCUUCAGAUAGAGGGGCUUGGUGGCGACACAGAAGUUCUACCAAACCUCGUGGGAUCCUCUGGUCCCACCGCAGGGCCUGCGUCAGCAGCGUCCGACGGAGACGUUUCCGAAUCAGUCUCACCCACUCCGGCUCCAACAACUCCAUGUCGCAUGAAGCUUCGGAGUCAGGACUCCACCCGCACUGACCAGGAUGAUGGUACUGCAUCUCCAGUAGCCUCCCGUGCCCGAAGCAGAGACUCACCAAGUCCAAGUGAAGAUCUGCCGAGUCCUUUAACCAGAGGCAAGAGACCUGCAACCCGGAGUCGGGGACAGGGAUUCGGCUCAGGGACUGACGGCGCUGCCAGCCUGCACCCUCCCAAACGCCUGUGUCUCUCAUUGGCUGGUGGUCCAGAUGGCCCUCUGCCCAAGAAAGCGUUUGACCCCCUUGCUCAACACAGAGACUGGUGUCCCUGGAUCUCUGAGGGCAAAGAGAACAUGGAUCCAGGAGCCUUAUCGUCUUUGGCCAGAACCUCGACCGUUAAUCAGCAGGGCUGGAAAGCUGCUCUCGACCUCCUCAUGCCCACAAAGAAGAACUCCAACGCACAAGGUGGCACCCAAGCACAGGGCCCUCGUGACAAGUCUAAAAGAGUGUUUGCCAUUCUUCGUCAGUGGCAGGUAUCCUCCUCAUCUCAGUAGACCAUUUAGAUCCACAGGCUGUUGAUCUACCUAUUUUUAACUUUACAACAAGAUCAAUCUCAGCAUAAAAGGAGUGCUGUGUAUCAUUCAUGCAUGUCACUCCCUCUUUUUUAUCUUUUGUUACACAUAAAGUGUUGCUAGAGGGAAUUUAGUGGAAGUUUUCUCUGUAAACUGUCAAAAAUGUGAAGGAUUCCUUUUGGUAUUACAAACAUUUCACUUAUGCUACAUGUACAACUAACUCCUUGCAAUGUUUUCAUACUUCCUGGACCCUUUUUUUUUACUUUUUUUUUUUUACAUUUGGUUGACAUCACAACCAAACAUUUAUGUAUUAUAUUGAGGCUGACAGAUAAACACAAAGUAGUGCAUAAUUGUGAAAUGAAGGGAAAAGAAUUCUCCGUUUUCAAAGCUGCUCAUCUCCAAUUGUUAUUGGCAGAGAGGCAGGGUACACUGUGGACAGGUCGCCACAGGGUAAAACAGACACACAGGACACUACACACACUCGCGUCUAAGAACAAUUUAGAGGAUUCAGUUAAUGUGACAGUCAUGUUUUGUUUUGUUUUUUUAUUCCUGCAAGGUAGCAGCCCUCCAGUCUGCUGUACUUGAUUUUAUUUAGGAGUAUCAAAGUAAAUGGAGGCUGAAAACACACUCGCAUCCUACACCCUUUUAGAAUUUUUAUUUUUAGAACACCUUUGGAAGUUAUGUGUCUUCCUUGUAUUUUACAAUUAUGCUCUUCUUUGUGUUGUUUUGUCACUUUGACAUCUAGGUAAAAUCCAUUGAGCUUGUGGUUGUGAUGUGCCAAACGUAAAAACGGCAAAAGGGUUUGAACACAAGCGAGAUUUGUGGCUGCUGGGUUCUUGGUCUUAGAAGCAGUCAACAAAUAACAGGACUCGCAUAAAGGAGCACCUGCAAGGAAGGCUUAUCCCAAUCAUGUUUUUAACAAAAAAAUUAAUAUGUUUGUGAUAAAUGGCCAUUUGGAUCAACACUGGAAAGAUAAUUCUUUUUUUAAUGUUCUGUAUGCAUAGUUGUUUGCAGGAGCUAUAAAGAUGAACCUCAUAAAAACCCAACUGUGAGCAAAUUAAGUUUAUGUUUCUCAUACUUCUGUUUUUAAAGCAUGAUGUUCUUUUUGAAGCAUUUUCUUGUCGGCAGGUAGACAGUUUUCUUCAUAGACUUUUGUGAAAGCUACUUAAUAAAAUGGUUUUCUGAAUA